CAAAAGGACACGCAGCGACUUCAGACGCUAGAAAGUUGACAAGAAAAACUAAUAAUUUGUUGACUUGGAGACGAGAAUAUGUCGAACAUUGCAGAUCUCUCAACACCUGCAUCUGAGCAAGAGCCACACAAAAUUGGCGCACAGGAGCACACAGACGAGAUUGGCACGUGGGAUGACAUCUUCAGGUUUGAGGAUGACUUCCCUGAUUGGUCCACAGUAUUUGACAGCUGGGAAGUGAGUGAUUGUGAAGAUGGAAGUGACAAAGGUGGGGAAAAGCAAAACACUGACAAGAUACGCAUGUUCAAGCUACAAAAAAUUCUGGAUCAACUGGACAUCUUUUACCAACAGAAGAAACAGGAUGUGCUACAGGCCAGGGAUGAACUAAAAGCAUUUCAACUUCAUGUGACUAACCUGGAGGAAUUGAGAGGCAAGAUUGAGGUGGACAUGGAAAGAGAGAGACAAUCUGAGAACAGCGUGGCACUGUUUCGGCUCCGUGCUCAGCACAAGCGUAUGUGCGCUGAGCUGCAGGCGGAAGAAGAUCUGGGUGCUCAUUUAGCCAUGAUCUUGAAAGAGCAUGAGCUGGAGCUGUGUCAGGUGGAAGUAGAACUGGGCCGCUUCUCGUCUCUGCGUCAAGAGCUUGAGCUGGAGGAGAAGAACGUCCAGUCUCAGGACAAGAAGAAACAAAAGCUCAGACUCCAACGAGAGAAGCAUGUUAUCAAAGAACGUAGACAUAAAGCACAACAUGACAAAAUAGAAUAUAACAAGGCUUUACAAUUGGAGUUGGAUGUUCAGAGGAAACAACAGCAACAGGCUCUUGCUAGCCAUCGCAAAGUGGCUGUCUACCUCAAACAGACGUUACAGAGGAUGAAACAGAAAGAGGCUGAGGCAGAAGAGAGGAGGAAGGAGCUAAUAAAGAAGAGGCAGACAGCAGUGAUGACACUUAAAGCCAGUUUUGCUGCAAGUCAGGAAACUAUGUGUGCUAGAAAACAACGACAGAAAGCCUAUGAACAGAAACAGAGAGAGCGAGAGCAAAUCUUGAGAGAGUCGCUGGAGGCCAAAGGGUUGAACAGCACUGAACUCAUUCACCGACAAAGACUGCAGGAAGGCUUCAACAAGAAAAUUGAGGAAUUUGAGGAUACACAGAGAGUGGGGCAAAUGGAAAUUGUGGCUAAAUUGCUUUUGGAACAGAACAUGAAGGAAAGGUGUAGAAAAUCUCCUGUACUGAGCCAUGAGAGAAAACUUGAUGAGAAACUUCACGAGAACUUGCUGCUUCCAUCUGCACUUACAAGGAGAGAGGAAAGACAUGUAAUGUCAAGUUCCAGAGCAUCUUGUGUCAGGUCCCACAGUGUUGGCGACAGUGAUGUCAGUUCCUCUUUAGAUUCUGCAGAACUCAAGUGGGGAGAGUGUGGAGAAAUAGAGAAUGAAGAUGAAGGAGAGAUGAGCCUGGCCCAGCCGGAGUUCACCGGCCUUUGGGAACACAAACACAAAGAUUAUACGGCACCAUCAGGUGAAAAUAUUCAACUUGAAACAUCUUAUACCACCAUAAAGACGGACAUGAACAAAAGUUUGGUUUCAAAAUUGGCAAAAAAGACUGUAAAGAGUAGAGAAUCAAAAGGACCACCAUUCAUCAGCAAACCAAAGGUUAUUCUGUUUAAGGAUUGCGAUGUUGGAAAGAUCUACAAGAAGAAAUUCACGCUCACAAAUGUCACAUACAUGACUAAUUACUGUAAGCUGUUGGGAGUGUCACAGAAUCUUAAAGAUUAUGUGUCAGUGAGUUUUGAGCCACCAGGGCCCAUGUCUGCAGGCAUGGCUUGUGAACUGGAGGUUAUAUUUAGACCUUUGCUUGAUGUGGAUUUGGGUGGAAUGAUCCAUUUUCAGUCAGCUACUGGCCCUUUUUCUGUUUCCAUUAAGUGCUCCAAGAAAAAAUGUGAGGUGGUUGUUGAUCAAUGUCUUGUGGAUUUUGGUACUCAUGUGGUUGGACAGAAUGUUUCACGAGUAAUCACCUUAACCAACAGAGGAGCCCUAGGCACUGGUUACAUGCUGACCCCCAUCACCAACGGCCCCCUUCAGCAAUCCUUCACAACACUGGUUUCUGGUAAAACUGACAGUGCUGAGAUGCCCAGUGUAAAUGUAGAGAACACAGCAGAAAUUCCAUCAGGUGUGUCUCCUGUCAGCAGUCGUAGUCCUGAUGAGGUUCUGAUGGCUGAUCCAGGAUUAGUGGAUACUACAGUGGAGCAGCAGAGCAGCUUUGAGCCAACUGAGUUUAGCAUUGGAGAGGCUUAUGUUGGUGAUGUCGGCCCAUUUAUGAGUGUCAAACUACCCAUCAUCUUCACACCAACCAUUCCAGGGGAGGCAAAACUGGAUUUCCAAAUCACGUUUUCUCAACCUAGUUGUGAACCGAUUGUGGUUUCAGUUUGUGGGGUGGCAGAGAGCGCACCUGUAUGGGUGACCAAGCCAAAUAUUGACCUAAAAAUCUGCAUGUAUGAUCGACUUUAUCAGGACAGCAUCGAAGUUCAAAGCAGGGCCAGCACAGCUCUCAGAUUGACAUUCAAGGUGUGUAAAGAGAUGAGGAACCAUAUGUCCAUCUUACCUAAAACAGGAUUUAUCCAGGCCAAAUCCAGCUUCAGUGCUCAGCUGAAAUUUCUGCCCAGACAGAGCUUGUAUGCAGAUGCCAAAAGCUUCUUCAAUAAAGACACAGGAGUUCUGGAGGUUCCCCUGACUGUACAAGUAGCUGAUCAGAACUGGACACUGGUUGUCAUCCCUCUAUCUCAACAUGCUAAAGAAGAAAGCAGGAUCUCAUCACGUCCUCUCAUCCUUUUCCUCAGUCAGACUCUUUAG